CGGAACAAGGGGUUAACUAAAUAAAUAGUGGGUUAAUAAACCCGGGGUUAACUCGUUAAAAUUUUAACCCCGAUCUUUUGUUGCACCAUUGAAAACUAACUUAGGGUUAGCUAACCCGACAGUUUUUUAUUUUAAGCAGGCAACAUUAUUACUUUUUCAAUCCGUUCUAUAAACCAGCCAAAUAUUAAAGAACGAAUGAUGAAUGGAAAUGUAUGUCUAUCUCUUUUACGCCACAACAUGGGGCGUAAUACUAUCUUUCUUUAAAGCAACACGGCAUGAUAUUUCGUCUAGGCGUAUUAUAUUUGUGUCAUGAGAUGCCGCUGUGUACUGUUUACUGUUUUUAUCAGCUCUGAUGACGAACGGUUGCACUCCUGCCUGUUUUCACAGUUUGUGUCUUGAAAGAAGAGCGUAAAAUGGACAACGAUAAAAAGCCACGUGUGCGUGCUCCGAACUUCACAAAAAGUGAUUUUCUACUUUUGUGUAGUACGGUGGAAAAACAUAAACAAGUAAUUGAAAAUAAGAAAACGGACGGAGCACAACUCCUUCUUAAACAAAAGGCUUGGCAAGAGGUCAUGAGGGAAUACAAUUCUUCCACGACCGGUUCUAGUCGAACGUUAGAAAGCCUUCAGCAAACGUAUAAAAACCUGAAGAAAAAGGCAAAAAAGACUGCCUCUGACAAGAAGAUGGGUAUUCCAGUGGAUAGCGCCACUUUGGUGCUAAACCUUGAAGAGUAUGGUAGUGACUGGGGCAAAGUUGCUGCAAAUACAGGUGCUAGCGAAACUUCGUGUUCGCAGCAUUAAAGAAAGAAGCAAGAAAAAGUGAUACAAAUUUGAAAAGAAAUAUUAUGGGUACAGGAGGUGGGCCACCACCUAACAUUGAAAAUGAUCCAGUUUUGGAAAAAGUCAGAAGUCCUUGCUGGACCGGUAAUGGACCUUGCUGAACCGGUGUUUACACAAUUUAUGACGGAGACCGCAGUCUUAUGGCAACCCAAAAUGUACCACCAAUAGAACUUCAGAACAUGAGAUCAGAUUCUACAUUAUUGGAUUCCUAUAUGCAAGAAACUGAAGAUAAUUAUGAUUGCCAGAACGAGACAUAUUUUGCUAAUGACAAAACAAAUACUAAGAAAAAAACACACAAUUUAUUGACUUCUUCUACAAUAACUGAUCCGGUUAUUCAAGAGAAUCCAGAUCAAGUUGAUUGCCAGGAUGAGACAUAUUUUACUAAUGACAGAGCGAAUUUGAAGAAAAAGCCACACCAUUUAUUGACUCGAAAACGGAAACCAGAUGCUCAAAAUAAACAGACUGUAGCUGACAAAUUUAAACUACUUGCUGCAGAAAAAGUUGAGUUACUGGAGCUGCAAAAGGAGUUGGUUAGGAGUCAAUUAGAUGAGCAACAAAAACAAGCAGAACAUAACCAGACAUUGAGAGAAAUGGAGGCAGAAGAUGCAAAAAAAAAAUACUUACAUAAUGAUAAACUUAGAGAAAUGGAGAUGGAGGAAAUGAAGAGGAGAUAUGUAUUUAAUGAAAAAAUGAGGCAAUAUUAAUCUCUAAUCGUCCAACUUUCAUACCUAUAUGAUCUAUAUGUGACUGUGCACGGGAAAACGUCCCACUUUGUCAAUUGCUAUAAAGCCGCACGCCGUUCUGACGUCAGGUUGGCGCGCAUAGCCGUGUAUCGCCCCAACGUGUGGGAACUCGAACUAUAGAGACAUUGAACCCCGCUCGGGAAGGUCAUUUCAAAUUAUUAUUGAAAUAAAAAAAAUAUUUGUUUUGAU